AAUUGAUUAAAUACAAUGGCAGGGAUAAGCAGAAAUGUGAAAAAACAAUUGGCUAUAAUCAAUCUAUGUUUUAAUUAAAAAUGAACUGAAAAAAGAUAUACCUAAUCAUGAGUUCUCCCUCAGUCGUGGUUUGUCGAGAAAUAUUUGAUGAAAACAGUCAACCCUCUGCAGAAGAAAUAUCAGAAUAUGCGUGCCAGCUCGGCAUUGAUCCUGACAGUGAGAGCCAUCUUCUGCCCCUCGCUCGGGAUGGACUCAUGCAAGCUUUACCGGCUCCGUGGAAAGCUUACUUCGACGAAAAGCUACAAGCCCAUUACUACUACAAUGAGGAUACAAAGAAAACACAAUGGGAACACCCCCUAGAUCACAUAUACAGGGAGCUAGUGAAAAAAGCCAGAGAUGCCUCCAUGCAGGAUGAUACUUGUGCUUCUGUGCAGGAAUUGCUUACAUCCGAAGAAUAUACAAAGAAUCUAGAGAGAGCCGAAACCAAAGUUGAAAGCGAUGAUGAAGACCUAACUAUAGACAGUGAGCAACAACCGUCAGACAGAAACCAGACCGUCAGAAAAUUGGCACCAUUGGGAAAACCACCCAUCUCAAGAAUAGACAAAAAGCUCAUUGAUAUGCGAAUAUCGCCUCUAAGAAGGGCAACCGAAGGUCCGAAGCCGCUAGUAAGGAAUGCAUCAGAUAAAGAUAUACUGCAUAGAACGUUUGAAAGACCUAAAACACUGUUUAAACAGCAGUCGGAGAUUAUUGACCUCAAAAUGCAUGUUCAGAGUCCGGAAGAGGAAAAUUUUGCUCCUCUCAUUACAGCUAAUAAGUAUGAUAAGGGAUUGCCGUUUUCUGGCAAAGGCAACAUGUUUCUCAAGAUAUCUCGUUCAAACCUACCCAGUCCGGAUACAGAUAAGUCCCUUCCUCUAGAUUCGGUGACUAAGAGUGAGAAAACUUCGGAAUCCAUACAGAGGAGAAUUGACAGUAUGCUGACUGGGAAAACGAAACAGGCGUCCAGUUUUGAAGAUGAUAAGAAGAGUGUAAGAUUCAAGCUAGAGAACUUACCAGAUCCGACCAUAAGCCCAGGCUCCAACAGUUCAUCAGAACAAAACGAAGCCCACUCCAUAAUAAGCGCGGUAGCUUCGACUAUCCCAUCCCCAGUCCCGAACCCAUUAUCCCCCAUCACACAAAUUUCCUCCAUAGCCCAUACGCAGAACCCCAUUCUAUCCCCACUGGUGGGCAGGCCUCCGCUCCCACCACGGUUCCUGGAUAGUCCGAGAGAGUUGAAAACUUUACCGGGGGAUACUUUGGAUGAUCGAACAUCACCCCGACGUCGGCUUGUCAAGCCUCCACCGGGUGACUACAUCAAGCCGGACCUCUUUCAGAAAUCCUUCAGCAAGAUAUCCGACAUCGUCCGCCGAGCGGGCGAACCGGCGGUCACCCUCACCGAACCCGUAGAAAAGGAGAAUAGACCUAGAUCACCAAUGAUACCUCCACAAAACAAAAUAUCUAUUAACCUAAUGGAAAGUAUAGAAUCAGAAACCUCCAUAGAUUCGCCUGACAGAGAAUUCGCUAACUUGGAUCUAAACGAUUUGGAUACAUCGAACGAAAAUAAAGACGAUAACAAUGAAGAUAAAAUCGAUAAUACAGACGAUACAAAAGUAACAGACGCAAAACCAAAAGACAUUCCAAUACCUCAAAUAAAAGUUCCUAAGCUAAAUCUAAUAACUAAACAUUCCGACUCAGACGAAUCUAAGAAUAGAGACGAUGAAAAGAGUACAGGUAGAUCUAAUAGCAUAGAAUUACCCCGAGAUCCGAAGCAAUUUAAACUCUCUCCGACUCCCAGUUUGGGUUCCGAAAGAUCACCAAAGCUGGAAUUUAUAAAGAAUUGGUCGAGUCCACUUUCAACAUUCAAACCGUUAAAAUCAGUCAGCCCAUUAAAAUCAGACUCAGCGUCAAGCCUAGGAAAAAGUUUGACUAGCCCAAGACUAGACGGAGUCAUUUUGUCUCAGGGUAAAUCUAGUUCGGACAAUGUAGUAGUGGUGUACCAAUUUGAGACCCAAGAUGAAACGCCCAAACCCAAAUCUCCACUCAUACCAGAUAUGGGAGCUAGGGAGUUGAUAGAGAGAACCAAAACAGACGAAAGAAGAAGAUUGGAGUUAUCAAUGCAGAAGGAGUUAGAGAUAAUAAGAGUGGAGUGGACAGCGAAAGAGAGAAAAAUGAGAGCGGAACUACAGGAAGAGAUACAAGAGGCUGAAGAGAAAUUUUUGAGAGAGAAAAGAAUGAGACUGAACGAACAAGCGGAGAGACAUAGGCGUGAGAUUGAGGAGGCAAUUGCAACAACGGAAAGAAAACAUCAGCAAGGCUUGAGCGAUAAACUAAAAGAGCUAGAAGAAAAAUACAAUAACGACGUAGAAGCAGCAGAGAAUCAACAUAAGAAGAAUAUGAACAAACUGAGAGAGGAUUUGAAUAGGCAACUGAACGAAAUGCGAGAAGAAUUAGAAAUCGACAACGAACGCGCUAUAUCAGAGCUGAGGUCGCAAUUGAGUGCGGCGCUGAGCCGCGAGCGCGCGCGCCUGGCGGACGACAACCGCGCCGCGCUCGACGCGCUGCGGGCCGAGCACGCCGCGCGCGUGUCUGACCUGCGACACGACUACAGGGCCGAGGUGGAGCGUUUGCGUGCUCAACAAGCGUGCCAUUUAGAAGAGUUGCGUUCGCGUCGCCCCGUCAUAGAACAAGACCGCGCGUUGGCUGACAAGUAUCGAUGUUUGAAGGAGAAGUACGCGCGAUUGAAGCAUGAUUUCAAGAUAUCUAUAGAGAGGCGUAAUAAGCGUCGUGAGAUGAGUAUGACGACGGGAUCUGAAACUGAAAAGUCCAAUUCACAUAAAGCUAACCAGUCAUUGGAAAGAUGCAAGGAAUUGAACGAGACUUCAGUGAGUGUGGUCAUAGAAGCCGAACCGAAGAGAACUAACAACAACUUGACGGUCAAAUCUAAUGAUAACGAAACAUCAUAUUCGGACAACGCGCCCAAAUCCUUAGAUAACAAUAAUGAAGAUUGGAAGAGGAGGGAUAAUACGCUGCAAUCGGAUUCGUCGCACGGUCGCGAGCGCCGGCGCACGGCCGUCGCGUUUAGAGAGCCGCCGCGCAGACAUAGACAUAGAGGAGAAGGAACAACAACUGAUUGCCAAGAUUCGUCUGACGCAACCACUGCUGACGAGAAACCGAAAGACGCUAUAAAUGGGCACGGCAGGCGACGUUGCUUCACGCGUCUCAAGUCAGCGUCGACGUCCCGUUUGAACUACUCACCCAAGCGCGGCGAGGGCUGGUCGAGUCCACUGGAGUCCCUCCGCCAGCAGCUGCGGAAGUUGGACGACCUCGAAGACCAGUUCCCCGACCUGGCCUGCCAGCCCGCCUACAGCUUGAGAUAUCCCUUCGCUGAACUAGGUCCAGUAGCCAAAGCGGACACGCCCGAAUUGGAGUUCGUGCGACAUCGUGCGCUGGUAGAACGGGAGGGGAUGCGGCGAGCGCGCGCCGUGCUCAAGCGGCGUCGCGCAGCGCUGCGGGAGUCUAGAGCGUCGUUGUCGCCGCAUAGGGCGCCGUCGGAGGAGCGUGAGACAACGGAACUUGAGGUGGCGUUACACCGGGCGCGCGCUCUACUCGGCGAGAAGGAGAUAAGGUUGCGCCACAUUGAGCGCGCGCUUCGGCGUCUGGCUGAAUCGCAGCCGCCGCCGUUGAUACAGGAGGCGUCAACCAGCGACGCGUCGUCGGACAGCUCGCGGGCGGCGGCGGGAGGCGCGGUGCUGCGCUCACUGCGGGCGCUUCACGCCGACGUGCGUGACAUAUGGCGCGCGUUAGACGCCCGCCGCGCCGCUACCGCGUCUCCGGAGACCAGCUCGUGCAACAUGCCCACCACAUCGCACACCAGACUGACCAUGUCCGCGCCCGAACCAGUAACAGCUGAAAACGACAGCGUUGCCGAGAGAGCCAAAGGGCUACGCGCUUGGCUGCAAACCGCGCCGUGAAUACGUAACAUUCACACUUAUGCGUAAGAGAAUAGAGACCAGAAUACUAUAUCGGGAUUUUGCUGGUAAUAAAAGCAUAACAUUAUGGUGAAUAUAGUCAAAAUGGCGUCGUAAUUGUCAAAAAUACAUGUAUUAAGUGAAUACCAACGUACUUGUACGAUUAAGAGUAUUUGUACGAAACGUACUGUAUGAAUAUGUAGAUGGCGCUUGAGUCGUUAAGUUUUUCUGGUCUUUAUCUUCUUGAGGGUUUUCAUGGGUAUUGGAAAAUAUUGUAUUCCUUUCCAACAAAAACACGUCAAUAAGCUGGUACAUAUUACCAAAUAUUUUCUUUGCUGUAAUAAAAAAAACUAAAUGAAUAUGUA